UAUCGUGACCCGGAAGUACGUUUUUAGUGUCGCUGACAAACGAAUUCGCGUCGAAGAAUCUUUGGUCGAAAUCACAACAAUUUAACAGUUUAAAGAUAAACAAUUUCCUAAAAUGUAACGUUGGCUGACAGCUUUUACUGAGUGUCCCGUGGAGUGUCUUUAAAUUCUCACAUAAAAGGGUUUGUAUUGCUUAUUUCUUUAUACUAAAAGACAAGGGUUACGUUAGCUUCUGUUCCUUCCCCUCCUGGCUGGAGUGAGAGGGUCUGCAGGCAGCUCUCUCCAGCCCUGCUUCAAAUAAUCAAAUUCCUGAUGAGCAGGUGGUUGCGGGAUUAGUAGCCUAUAUAAUCAGAGAUGUGAGGGUACCUACAGCUGACUGAAGUGAAGACCAGAUUCUCAACCAUGGGGAAGCGGUAUUACUGCGACUACUGUGACCGGUCCUUUCAGGACAACAUGCACAACAGGAAAAAACACCUGUAUGGCGUUCAACACCACAGAUCUAAAAAGGCCUGGUUUGACAAUUUCAGGGAUGCAGCAGCCAUCCUGUAUGAUGAACAAACUAAGAAACCCUGCAGGAAGUUUCUUCAGACAGGCCAGUGUGUUUUUGGCAACAACUGCAGGUUCUCUCACAUGUCAGAGAGGGACAUGGAGAACCUAAGAAUGCAGAUUGAAGAUGAAAGAAGGAGCAGAGAGGACCCGGAGCACAGAGCGUCCCCUGAGCGGAGCAUAGAGGAGUGGCUCACCAGGAGAGAGAAGAAGAGAGCCGCCCUCAGCAGUGGAAGUGUUCUGAAAGAGGAAGAUGAGGAGGAUGAAGAGAAUCAACCAGAGAAUGACAUACCUCAACAUUUCCUCACCAUUCCUGACCUCCCUCCCUCCCUUCUGCCCCCUCCCCCUGGUGGUUGGAAAGUCAAAGUCAGAACUGAAUGGGGUUAAAGGGGCAGUGCAGUUAACAGGAUUUUUCUGUUUUUUUUAAUGGCAUUUCCACACUAUGAGGUCGAAAUAACCUGAAAUUGUGAAAAUUAUAAUUGUGCCCUUUUUGUGUAAGAGCUGCUUGAAAAAAAAUAAUCUGGAAUUUCAACCUGUUCAGGUGGGAUGGAGUUUUUGGCCCAGAUCAUGACAUCACAAACUGAUCUGAUUAUUCUGACCAAUGACCAGUCAUCUUUUAUUUGCAUAUGUAUCGUCCUACUUUGAAGGCGUAAGCAUGGUAGGCUCUAGAGUCUAGAUCAGGGUUCUUCAAUUCCAGUCCUGGAGGGCCGAAACACCUCUGUUUUUCAUCCUCUCCUUCUAAUCAGGGG